AAAAAAAGAUUAGCAGGAGUCGUCGUCUUUUAAGUCCUCGCUACAAUCCUGCAUUUUUGACGUUUGUAUGUUUUUUCAUACAUUUCAUAUUACAAACUACACCUUAUGAAUUCUUCAUAUCAGGACAAACUCGUCUGUGGUGAACGUUGACGCUUCCCAGGCUAGCUUAGCUUGCGAGCUGCUAGCAAGGAGACCCGGAAGUUAUCCACGCAUCGCGAAGAAGAGAUCAAGCACGACACUGAAAACCAGGAGUCGAGCUUCAGGAUGGAGCUGGAGCAGCCACCCCACGUUAAAGAGGAAGAGGAAGACUACAGCAUCAGCCAGGAGGGAGAACAUCUUGAAGGACCGGAGGAGUUCCCAGUGAUUGGCGUCCCCGUGAAGAGUGAAGAUGAUGAAGACGAUGAAGGUGAAAGUGAGGAGAAGAGAGAGGCGGAGCCUCCAACAGAAGCCGAUGGAGACCACUGUGGAGGAUCACCAGCAGACAAGCUCUUAGCUCCACUAUCAGAUAGCGAGCACACGACGUCACACUCUCCUGACACUGAUGAUGAUGAUGAUGAUGAAGACUCUACAGCUGAUAUGACAUGUCACCCUGACAACACACGCUUGAAAUGCCAACACUGCGACAAGACCUUUAAUAAUCGUAGCAAUCUGAAAAGACACACGAGACUACACAGGAGAGAGAAACCAUUCAUGUGCUCAGUUUGUGCUAAAAGAUUCUCUCAGAAGGCACAUUUGACCGCACACACAAGGAUACACACCGGAGAGAAACCAUUUUCCUGUUCCGUGUGCGGUAUGGCUUUUGUACAAAAUCAGGAUUUGAAAACACACACGAGGACCCACAGCGGAGAAAAACCAUAUUCCUGUUCCGUGUGUGGCAAAGGUUUCCUUCGAAAUCAACAUUUGACAAUACACACAAGAAUACACACUGGAGAAAAACCAUAUUCCUGCUCAAGCUGCAACAAAAGCUUUCAUGACCGGACUGCACUUGUAGUACACACAAGGACGCACACUGGAGAGAAACCAUAUUCUUGUUCAAUCUGCAGCAAAAGCUUUUCUCAGCGAAUAGCACUCGCAAGACACACGAGGAGACACACCGGAGAGAAAGUGUUUCGGUGCAGCGUGUGUGCUGAAAGAUUCUCUUAUCAAUACCAGCUUAGCAAUCACACGUGUGCUGGGGAGAACAGCGGCAGGAAGUGACGCCGCACCGCUUCCUGCUUGGGAAAACAGCAGCAGGAAGUGAAGCUGCGGGACUUCAACUGGUAAGACUCAGCCUGUGUGUUUUUCCCCGCACUUUCCAAGGCCCUUUAAGGCACCACGUGUCAUGACUUGCUCACCCGGGUUCGACGAUUCAAUCACUAAGCCAACUAAGCCACCUUGGGUGCGGGGGAAGGGAGGCCCGGGACCUUAACUGCAGACUGUUGUC